UUUCUUUCCGUGGGCGCGCCAUGAAUGGCACCCUUCUUUCUUAUAAUGUCUAACCCACCCAGAAGAAGAAAAGGAAAGGAAAGGAAAGGAAAGAAGUUUCUUCCUCCUCUGUUCACGCCAUGAAUGGCCGCGCAAGGACUCACGCUGUUCUGCUCCUUCUGGCCGUCGCGGUGCCGCUCGCCGCAGCACAGCCGUGGCCGCUGUGCGACAGCAGCAGCGGCAACUACUCGGCAGGCAGCACAUACGAAACCAACCUCCUAAACCUCAUCGUCACCCUCCGCCAGAACGCCUCCUCCUCGCCGUCCCUAUUCGCUUCGAGCACCCGAGGCACCGCCCCAGACACCGUCUACGGCCUGAUGAUCUGCCGCGGCGACGUCAGCGCCAGCGACUGCGCCGACUGCGGCACCUCCGCCCUACAGAACGCGGGGACGGCCUGCGGCCGCCUCAUCAGGGACGUCGCGCUGUGCAACAACCAGUGCUACGUCCGCCUGUCCGACGUCAACUUCCUCGCCUCCACCAACAACUCUGGCGAGGUACGUCUCAGGAGCGGCGCCAACAUCACCAGCAGCGACGUCGCGGGCUACAACCGAGCUGUCAACACCCUCCUCAACGCCACGCUGCAGUACGCGGUCGACAACUCCAGCAGGCUGUUCGCCACGGGGAGGUUGGUUGGGCCCGACCCGGGGUUCAGUCCUAUCUUCUCGGCGGCGCAGUGCUCGCCGGACCUAUCGCCGGCGCAGUGCCGGAGCUGCCUACAAGACCUCUUGGACCAGUGGUGGGCCGCGCUCCCGCGGAACGAGGGGGGAGCCAGGAUCGCCGGCACCCGGUGCAGCUUGAGGUCCGAACUGGGGCAUGUCCCGUUCUACACCGGCACCGCGAUGCUCCAGCUCCCGGCCACGGCUGCCGCACCGGGACCAGCGACGACAGUUGGGCCGGGCACUCCGGAAGGUAAAAAAACUUCAGGUAGCAGACCUCUUGGAAUUAUACUUCCGAUACUGGCUGUCGCUGUAGUAGCAGUAAUUUCUCUUUGUAUGUGGAGAACUAUUCAUAGGAAGAGAAGAUCUCGAAGGCCAGCGCUUUCCACCCAAUCUCAUACAGUUGACGACCUGGAGAGUGUCAAGUCAAACUUGUUAUCUUUGUCAUCGCUACAAGAGGCAACAGAUAACUUCGACGAAAGCAAUAAACUUGGCGAGGGGGGAUUCGGUACAGUUUACAAGGGAGUCCUUUCCGGACUAGAAGUUGCUGUAAAGAGGCUAUCGAAGGGCUCAAAUCAGGGGAUGGAGCAACUGAAAAAUGAGCUAGUUCUGGUGGCCAAGCUCCACCAUAAGAACCUUGUCCGGCUUGUGGGAUUUUCUUUAGAAGCGGGAGAGAGAUUGCUGGUCUACGAGUACAUGUCAAAUAAAAGCCUUGAUACCAUUCUUUUCGAUCCUGAGGAAAAACAACGAUUGGAGUGGGCGACACGAUACAUGAUAAUAGAAGGAGUUGCUCGAGGUCUCCAGUAUCUACACGAGGAUUCUCAAAAGAAGAUCGUCCACCGCGACCUGAAAGCAAGCAAUGUUUUGUUAGAUGCAGAGUUGAGCCCCAAGAUCGGAGACUUCGGCCUGGCCAGGCUCUUUGCGCAAGAUCAGACUCGCGAGGUCACCGGGCGCAUCGUCGGGACAUUCGGCUACAUGUCUCCUGAGUAUGUGAUGCGUGGACAAUACUCUACAAAAUCAGAUGUGUACAGUUUUGGCAUUCUAGUGAUAGAGAUCGUAACGGGCCGUAGAAACAAUGGGUCCUACCUUCCCGAGGAAAACGAAGAUCUUAUAAGCAUCGUAUGGAAUCACUGGGCUGAAGGAGCGAUUGCAGAGAUGGUAGAUUCCUCCUUGGAAAGAAACUACCCUGUAGCCGAGGUGCUCAAGUGUGUCCAUAUCGGCUUCCUGUGCCUUCAACAGAACCCUGCAGAUCGACCUACGAUGUCAGAGAUCAUGGUGAUGCUUAACAGUGAUGCUACCACUUCUCUACCAGCUGCUGCUAGACCAACGUUUUUUCUCAAUGGAAGUUCUGAUCUUUCUAAAAAUGCUACCUCACCUUUGUACACGAACACCUUCACUAGCGGUCGCUAAUGCGCACAUUGGAAACUGAGAUCAGAUGUCUAAAUUCAGUUUAUAUUAACCCAAAUUUGGAUGUUGUGUAUCUUGAAGCAA